GCUGGCAUUGUUGUCAACAUGAACUGUGCUCAAAUUAUUGCAAUUGAUAGCUAACCUAGCUAGCAAAGUGUCUGACUACUUCGAAACAUGCCAAUGGAACCAAAGCUUGUAUUUUCACCUGACUACUGUUUACAGGAUAUUAACAAACCCAACACCGAGUUUUUGUGGACAUUUUACUUGUUGCAGUUAUUCACUCCCAAUCUUGCGGAUGGACGCGGGGCUGUUUUGAUUAACGUUAGUUAAAUAAGAUAGGAUAAUGCUAGCUGUCUUGCAAGUGAGGUUAUAAGAUGUUGAAUUAAUUUAGCUGUAGUUAGCAAGCUAGUGAAUAAGUUGUUGAUACAUCAGUCCCCUGAUUCAAAAUGACUGGCGUGAUGUUACUAUAAGAAUUAUUGUUACUUUGUUGUGUAUAUAGAUAGCAAACUAAUUUAUUUAGGCUAUUCCAGAUAUUCUGUGGAACAUUUUUAUUUAACUCAUCACCUACUUCAGCACUUGUAACGUUAGCUAGUUAAGCUAACAUAGUCAAUCCAGCUAUUUAGCUAGCUACAUAACCUAGCUGUAGCACACUGCUAUUUCAUGCCUAGCUCUAAAUGUCAGUGUAAUAUAAAACUAAAGUUCGCGGCUUGCUUAUGGACUGACUUAAAUGUCAGACGUUUGUUUUUUCUGCAUGUGGGUUAAAUCGUUUUUGGCACGUAGCUUGUCAUUAGUUAACGUUAGUUAACAGAAAAAACAACAUAGCUAGCUAGCUAACUACGUUAGCUAUCUAAACCGAAUGACAAUAGCUAGCUAUUUUCGUUUGAGUUGAUAUUGGCUCUUGUCUGUGUUAAAGUAUUUUUAAUGAUUCACAAGAUUCUGUAGUUAGUAGAAAAACGUUUUAAACCCAGUAAAUUUACGUUUAUGCUGCUCUUUGGUUAAUAAAUAAGCUGCAGUUUUAUGAAGUUGCGAAGGAAAGGGAGCCACAAACACGAUGAGCAUGAUCAUGACACUGAUAGCACUGUCUUUGUUUGGUGGUGGAAGAGGAAGAUGACAGUGUAAGGGGGGGGGGAUGAGCUGAUUCGAAGUCGACCAGAAGAAACUGCAAGUCGGAGACUACUAUAAAAUGCCCAGAAGAAAACAAUCAAAUCCACAACCUGUAAAAUUGGGAUCUGAAGAUGCAGUUGGUGUUGUUAACCCAGAGAGCCUUGUCCUGGAGAGCGAUUUCCUCCUUGGACAAGACUUGGCAUUUGGAGAAAAUGACUAUAAGAUCAUAGGAUUUGAGAGAGACUCUGAUUCAGUGACUGCUGACAUGGGAAUUCCAGUGUAUGCCUUUAGUGAUGAGGACUGCUCCAGUUACAACCAUCUCAGCAUGGAGAGUGACUUUGAGGACCCACGAGACACUGAGAGUGAACGAGAGGAGAUGGGGGGGGAUUCGUCCUUUGCACCCAACCUCUCUUGCAGGCAGUGUGGUCAGCUUCUUGGUGACCCCCUCAGUGGAACCUUAGACCUUGCGGGACACUACUGCCUGCGGUGUGGGGAUGAGGGGAGAAUCCCAGAGCGAAAGGCUGGUAGGGGAGAGGAGCUUCUACCUGCUGAGGGCUCCCAGGAAAAAGGGCACAGAGGGAGGUCAGCUGCCAAUGGCAGCUCCUGCAAAACCUACUCUUGCAAACUGUGCAGCUUCACCUCCCGCUACUCCAACCACCUGAAGCGGCACAUGAAGACGCACAACGGUGAGAAGCCUUAUCAGUGCCAGCACUGUACGUAUGCCUCCGCCCAGCUGGUGAACUUGCAGAGACAUGUGCGCACACAUACUGGGGAGAAGCCAUACAAGUGUGACUUCUGUACGUUUGCCUGCAACUCCCUCGGCAACCUAAAGAGGCAUCAGCGCAUGCAUACUCAGGAGAAGCCCAAUAAGUGCAGUCAGUGUGAUUUUCGUGCAAACAGUGGGCAAACCCUAAAGAGACACAUGAUGAGCCACAGAUCAGAUGCGUCCACAGCCACAGUGGAAGGGGCUGUGGUCUCUGAUCUGACUCUGCAGUUUAGUGGUGAUCCAGACUUCCUUCAUAGUUAUGGCAGCCUGCGUCCUGAUCAACACCCACCCAGCCUGCUGGAGCCGGAGGGGCUUGGGCAGGAUUCGGACCCGCUUCCCGAGCUGCUCUUCCCCUUCACCUGCCGCGUGUGCGGCUCUGUCCUGGAGGACGAGGAGGGCACAGCCACACAGAUCUGUCGCAAAUGCACCCUGGACGUGCUGGCCAAAGGCUCACCUGUCAGCCCGGACAAAGGUGACAAGCUGUACUCCUGCACAGCCUGUGCCUUCAUCACACAGUACCCCAACCAUCUGGCCCGCCACAUGAAGACACACAGCGGCGAGAAGCCGUACAAAUGUCCGCAGUGUGACUAUGCCUCCGCUCACUUUGACAACCUCAAGCGGCAUCACCGCGUGCACACGGGCGAGAAGCCCUACAAGUGCCCCCAGUGCGAUUACGCCUGUGGCAACCUGGCCAACCUGAAGCGGCAUGAGCGCAUCCACUCGGGCGCCAAGCCCUUUCAGUGCGCCGUGUGCAGCUAUAGCUGCAACCAGAGCAUGAACUUGAAGAGGCACAUGCUGCGCCACACAGGAGAAAAACCCUUUAAGUGCCAGGAGUGUGCCUACACCACAGGCCACUGGGACAACUACAAGCGCCAUCAAAAAAAGCAUGGCCACUCCACCGACGGCUGGAUCAAGGCCCCACUGCCAGAGAAGGAGGAGGAAGAGGAGGAGGGCGAGAUGUAGCUGAAUGAGGAAACAAGGAGCUUGUUCCUCUUUUCUUUUUUUUUCUUUUUUUUUUUUUUUUUUAAAGAACUCUUCUCUCCUGCUCUUGAUGUCUAACUGAUGUUGCCUUAUUGUUUUUAUACUGAAAGGGUAUUGCAAAGUGCAAGCAAAAGGGAAGUUUUGGUUGGAGCCGUGUUUAGGGUUGUAGAAAAUCCAGUUCACUACCUGGUAAACUGUUAAACUUCUUGCUCCAAUUAUGUCAGUGCUUAAUUCAAUGCUGCAGCAGCUGCAAUAGCACUAAUGAAUGUAUAGACAUAUCUGGAUGGAUUUGUUUCUAAAAAGCUUCAGAUGGGUGUCAAAGAAGCACCUAAUCAGCACAAUGGAAAAAAUGAUGAGUCACAACAGAGAAGUAAGAAUGCUGCAGUGAGCUUGGAUGCAAGCUGAAUUUAUACAACCCCCUGCAUGGUGUGAGCUAGACUGCAUCUGGAGUACAGACCAUUCAAAUGUCAUAUGUGACUUUAAGUAUCAGUUGACUUUUAAAGAAUUGGGAGGUUACUAUAACUGUUACUAUAAAGCUGUUCUGAAAAAGCUGUCUUGAAGAUUAUAGUUAUAUAGCACCAAUGUCCUUAAGAAUGAAAGUAUUGCAAUAAAGCCAAUGAGUUACCUUUUCCCAGGUUGAUAUUGCAGCUGUUUGCUUUAUUUUGAUUUCUCUUUGUGGAUUUGAUUACACUGAAAACCUCUGGUGGCUGCUAAAUUGUGUAGAAUGCACAGUGACAGCAAUGUCUAGGUGCCUUGUUUUGGGAGGUGAUAUUCGUCCCUCCCUGAUCUUACUGUAUGUGGAUUUUCUAGUGCCAC